CCAGUUUCUGGAGCCUUACCCGAUAAGGCAAAGCAAGUAGAUUUGUCCAAAGUUGGAUAGCUAUUGAAUUUAGUCGCGUCGGCGCGGAAUCCAGGCGCGCUCGCAAUAAAAAUCCGUUGUCCCCGUUUAUCACACACACUUCUGAUCCUACCCGCCACCACAGUCACUCGCAAUGGCCUACAGAGCUAGUAAAUCCGGGAUCAAUGCCGACCAAGCCAAGAAGCAAGACGCGGCCUACGACCAGGUAGCAGAAGACCAGGCGAGGCAGUGGAUCGAGGCCAUCACGGAGGAACCAGUCGGAGGAUCAGACUUCUUCGAAGGCCUCAAAGACGGCUCCCACCUCUGCAGACUGCUCAACAGGCUAAAGCCAGGUCUGGUGAGCCAGAAAUACGAGUCACCGGUCACCCAGCCCUUCAAGCAGUUGGAGACGAUUGGCAAGUUCCUGGAUGGCUGUCAACAGUACGGUCUCUCGGAGAAAGAUCUGUUUGUGACUUUGGAUCUCCACGAAGCUUGCAACAAAAACAUGGUGGUUGCAACCAUCUUUGCUCUUGGAAGAACGGCACAGAAGAACGGGUACGAAGGUCCCAAGUUGGGUCCAAAGGAGGCUGAGGGGCAGAAGAGAGAGUGGACUGAGGAGGAGCUGAGGCAGGGAGCCAGCGUUGUCAGUCUCCAGAUGGGGACCAACAAGGUGGCCUCUCAGCAAGGAAUGACUCCAUAUGGCAAACAGCGCCAGAUAUACCAGUCCUGAGCACAGAGAUUGUGUGUGUAUCAUUAUGACUGCUGCAGAAUCCAGUAGAACUCUACAUAGACCAGUCCAUUGCCGUUAGUGGAUUAUUGCUGCUUUUGAACACAUGUACUCUCUUUGUACACAAGACAUUACAAUUCUACAAUGAACAAAAAUAUGAGAGAUUGAUUUGGUGGGUGGCGGUUAUUUUUCGGUUUUCCCCAGAAAAUGAGGCGUGUAGGCAGAGAGAGAAGAUAGCACAAAGAGUUCAGGGGUUCCCGAUGACACUACUUACCUUUUCCGUUUGAGAAUGAAACCGAGUGUCUCGUGAGGAUCUACUCUCCAUAAUUCCAUUGAGUGAACAUCGCGAUAGUAGAGCUGCACCACAAACACACGUCAUGCCACAAGAUAUUGGGAUUGAAUGGUGGAAUAUAUAUAUUACAUGCACACCUGCAGUGCCUGUAGAGGAUAUUUUCCCUCCACGUCCCACGGAGCUGGCGUCUUGAACAUCUCAGUCAGGUGGUCGAUGAAUCGAUCGUGUUCCCUGAACUCGGCGAUGUAGUCUGACGUGCCGUACUCUGGGUAGAGGAGGAGGACCGGCCACACCAGAGUUCCGUCAGGGGUGAGAUGGACUCUGGCUCCUGCUGGGUGGGGGCUGGUCAGAUCUACUGGUCUCUCCACCGAUAGGUGUAGUGAUACUCCUCUGGACUAGGGGCAGAAGAGGGGGAGAUAAAGAGACGGAGUAAUGUGCCAACCUUGAUGAUUUGGACGAGCUCUGUGUCUCUCUGAGAUUUGGCUCUCGUGGCAGCUUCCUCUCUUCUCUUGUCUCUCUCCUGCUUCUUCUGCAGACACACACACCACACCACACUCUUGAGAGAUGGUCCAAAAUACCGACUCACUUUCUCUGUGGUUGCAGUUACUCUCAGUUGCUUCAAAACUGGGUUCUUGUCCUCCAG